CUCUUGAAUUUAGGUACAAAAUAAUUGUUCGAAAGAAGACCUUGAUAAUACGAAAAAAUUGACCAAUUAUUGGUCAAUACUAAAAUAAUAAUAAAUAUUUGUUUUCUUAUUUCUCAAAUGAAAACUAGUAUAUAGAGAGGAGCUUCGUUGCUCAAACCCUUUCCUCUUCUCUUAAAAACCCCAACUUUGUUCUCUCUCUCUCUCUCUUCAUCUCCAAAAAAAAAAAAAAAAAAGAUCUUACAAGAAAAUAUCAAACUUUCUAUUGUUUCUUAGAAACCCUAAUAGGAUUAAAAUGGACUACCAGGCAUCAAGAAUCUGCGAAAUGGUAGAAGAUGAAGAACAGAUUGAUCUACCACCAGGAUUCAGAUUUCACCCUACUGAUGAAGAACUCAUAACCCACUACCUCAAGCAAAAGGUCUUCAACACUUUCUUCUCUGCUACUGCCAUUGGUGAGGUUGAUCUCAACAAGAUCGAGCCUUGGGACUUACCUUGGAAGGCUAAGAUGGGGGAGAAAGAAUGGUAUUUCUUUUGUGUAAGAGACCGGAAAUACCCAACCGGUUUAAGGACAAACCGGGCAACAGAAGCAGGUUAUUGGAAAGCCACAGGUAAAGACAAAGAGAUUUUUAAAGGGAAAUCCCUUGUUGGUAUGAAGAAAACUUUGGUUUUCUAUAAAGGAAGAGCUCCUAAAGGAGUUAAAACCAAUUGGGUCAUGCAUGAGUAUCGUUUAGAAGGCAAAUACUCUAUUGAAAACCUUCCCCAAACAGCUAAGAACGAAUGGGUCAUAUGUCGUGUAUUCCAGAAACGUGCCGAUGGUACAAAGAUUCCAAUGUCAAUGCUUGGUUCUCGCGUUGAUAACCGAAUUGAACCUGCCGGUUUACCUUUGUUGAUGGAUUGUUCUCAACAAGACUCUUUCCCCGGUUCGUCCACAACUCACGUGACCUGCUUCUCCGACCAAGAAACCGAAGACAAGAGCCUUGUCCACGAGUCCAAAGACGGUUCUGGUUCUCUGUUUUACUCUGAUCCUCUGUUUCUACAAGACAACUAUUCCUUAAUGAAGAUAUUGCUUGACGGUCAAGAAACUCAAUUUCCCGGUAGAUCUUUCGACGGUCAUAACCCGUCCGCUUUAGAUGGUGCGGAGGAAUUGGAUUGCGUUUGGAACUUCUGAGUUGUAUAACUUCUGUUAUAGACUUCGUAGUCAUGCGUUCGUGUGUGUGAAUGAAUAUUCUUAUCACAUUUUUUGUAAAUAAGGUGAAAAAUGCUAGAAAGUCAAUGUUAGCUUUAGUAUUUUAAUUGUUUGUCCCGAAAAAAAAAAAGCUUUAGCAUUUUAAUAUAUUCAAUAGAAUUUUUAAUU